CCUCCGCCACCCCCUCCGCGCUGUCAGCCUGCAACGCCGCCCGCGCCCCACGGCUCUGCAGAACUAGAUGCUGAUUGGCUGCGUUGCCGAGGGGGGAGGCUGAGGGAUGAGCACCAAGGCGCCACCAUCUCCCUCCUGCCGGGAUCUCACGCCCCGCUCGGGUGUUUCCGCCGCCUCGCUCGGGUGUUUCCGCCGGGCCGACCGCCGCGGUUCGGCCCCGCUCGGGUGAUUCCGCCGUCCCGCCGAGCCGUGCCUAUGUCGGCCGCGGUCUCCACCGCCGCCGGCUCCCGCUUCGAGCCCCCGGGUGGCGGCACCGCGUCCCGGGGCCCCGCAGAAAAUGAAGACUCAGCCCAAAAGACAGAGCCUGCAGAUCAGCUAGUUGAUUCUUUGGAGUCCAGUACUUCGCAGAGCGGGUCACAGAUUGGGUCACACCUGAGUGCAGGCACGACAGAGGAUUCGAAGGAAGAAGCUGACACUUUGGAGGACCAGGAAGUGGCUGAACUAGAAGAGAAGCUGCCUGACAAAAUCCAUUCCCUCAAAAAGGAAGCUGGUGUUUGGGUAACCAACUACCAUGUACCUCAGGGAGUAGGGGAUAUAGUCAUGAUUCAGUCAGAUCACACUGGUGCUGUGGAUAUCCUCUCGGCUGAGCUGGAGACUGCAGACCUCCUUGGGGAGCAGAGGAAAGCUCAGCCUCCCCCUCUUGCUGCACCCACCAUGUGGACCACUGAGAAGAUGAAGGAAUUCAAAGCCAAGAUGGGAAAGGAGAAGAAUGGCCGGAUGGUGGUGAAGCGAGGCGAAGUGGUGACAGUCCGUGUGCCAACCCACCCUGAUGGGAAAUGCAUUUGCUGGGAGUUUGCUACAGAUGACUAUGACAUUGGGUUUGGAGUCUAUUUUGACUGGACCACAGUUACUAACACAGCCAUUACUGUUCAGGUCAGUGAAUCCAGCGAUGAAGAGGAUGAAGAGGAGGAUGAGGAAAUUGAAGGACUCUCCCCUGCUGGUGAUGUGGAAAGGGGCUCCAAAAGCUAUCUGCGGAACCGCUAUGGAGAGAUCAUGCCUGUGUAUCGGAGGAACAGCCAUCGGGAGGUGCAGGCAGGCAGCCAUGAGUACCCAGGCGAGGGCAUCUACCUGCUGAAAUUUGAUAACUCGUACUCUCUCCUCCGCAAUAAGACUCUGUUCUUUCAUGUCUAUUACAUGAGCUGAAGAAAAGGGAAGGGGCAAGGAUGGCAGGCAGGUAAUGGUGAGUGUAGCAGGCUGCCACCCAGCCCUGGUACCGCCUGAUGGGCACUGCUAUGCGUCAGAACCAAGGCACAAUUCUUAUGGCUCUUCUUCAGACAUGAACUGGUUUCUCCCCACACCCUUCUUCCCCACUGUCCCAGGGGAGAAAGGUAGUUGUGACUGCCUGGUUGUUCCCAGGCAUCUGCUCUUUCUCUAAGUCUGUGGGAGGUCUGCUCUGUGCAGGCAUUGGGCUGGGCCCUUACAUCACAGCUGGUAAUUGCCCAGGAGCCAGGUUCAGAUGGCCAUGGUUCUGAUCUUUUGUGCUGGUACAAAAUGAAGUGAAAAUAAUCUGUUACUAUUUUGUGAAUAACUUUUCCAACUCUCCUGCUGCAUCUGCAUCACUAGAGGGCAGCUGUCAGUUGCCAUGAGCCAAAAGCACAGCUGGCUUGUCACCCAGCCAGGGUAACCUACCACCACUACGGUCACCAGCAGUCAGUGCUUCCUUCACUCACGCAAGUGGGGGUGCAGCUGGCCAGCAGCUCCAGUGGCUUGGCAGUGCUACAAAAGGUGGGCCCCAAAUGGCAGUCACAACUUUUGUUUGAACAGGGUGCACACCUAGUAGUCCGUAAGAGGAUUUUACUACAGAUUAAGAAUUGGAUGUUAUAUUUGUUAAUUGUAGGGAUAUGUAGGUGAUUAAAACUUCAGUGACUACCAAAAGUUUUUUCUCUAAUCUAAAUGUGAAGCAGAAUAAAUACAAAGUGGUUGGAAUACAACCAAUAAAUAUACAGGAAAUGUUUCUUAGUAGCAGCAUGUUGGUUCACUGGUAUUACAACCAUAUGUAGCAAGGUUCCCCAGAGAAAUGUAGCUUGUCAACUGCUAUUGCUGUUGCAAAGGUAUUGUUAGGAAGUUCCUUGGCAUGUUUUGGUGACUCGUGAUGGUACUAGUGAUGACUUUCUGCUCAAAUAGUGGCAGAAUUGAACAAGAAAGAAGUUAAAUCCGUCAGUGAUGAAUUUUAAAAUAUGUUUAUCAGUAACUGUUUUUUAUUUUAAUACUUUUAACAUGAAAUCAUUCUCUUUUCUAAGAAUACUGCUGUAUUUACAUUUUGAUACCUCUUUGAAGAGACACAAAAUGGCUGUUUGUGUGGUGAUCCUAGUAGAGUUCUGAGUUUUAUUUUUAAAUUGUCCAGGUAAAGCACCUUUACUUGGUCCAUUCCUUCUAUUGAGAGGGAAUGAUGGACAAAAUUAUUUUGGGGUAAUUAAUGCCAAAGAUUUUGCUCUCGUAGGAGGGCUGCAUAUUUCCUAUGAAGGGUAUAUUGUAAUGCUGUGCAAUUUGCUCCAUAUUCAAGCUUGGUCUUUUAACUGUCUUUGCUUACUUAUUCACUGCCCCAGAGCACUUAUUAGGUCAAAAUGUUAAGAGAAACAGACUACAGUAGAGCAGCCCAAGCUGAGAGGAGAAGGAGUAGUAAUGCAAAGAGCCACUGUGGUCCAAGCAGUGCUUUCUCAGUGAGCAGGCAUGGAGCAGAGUUGGUCAGGGUAAGGAGAAGAGUUUUUGCUGCUUUGGGCCCCGAGAUGAGCAGAAAACAGCCACCUCUCUCAAAAGAGAGAGCGUGUGCUCCUGGGUGGGGGGGAACUGCAAAGAUGCCUUACUUAAGCAUGGCAAGCACAGGACAAUCUUGCAAGGAGACAGAACAGUAGGGCUUGGUAUCUGUCAGAGCAAAAUGCUCUUUCAUUCAGCAGCUUGGAGAGGGCUGUUCCUUCCUUUAGCCUCUCUUGGAUGAAAUGAAGGACUAUCCUGUGGCCUUUGUACAGCACUUGAAUCAUGCCUGAGCAACUUAGGUAAGGUUGUUUUUUGGGUUUUUUUUUUCAUCUUUUGUCUAUCAAGUUCGAAGAUGUUACAGAUGGAGUGAUGCUCUUCACUUGUAACAGAAAAGUAGCAGUAUGUUUGUUGAUAUAAACCAGUGAUUUAACACCAUUUGAUCGUUUGUGUUUUGUGUGUAUAGACUGGGGAAUGAGAGGCUGGAGAGCAGCACUGCAGAAAGGGACCUGUGCAUCCUGGUUGAUAACAAGUUGAAUAUGAGUCAGCAGUGCCCUGGCAGCCAGGAGGGCCAACCGUGUCCUGGGGGGCAUCAGGCAAAGCAUCGCCAGCUGGUCGAGGGAGGGGAUUGUCCUGCUCUGCACUGCACUGGGGCAGCCUCACCUUGAGUAUUGUGUGCAGUUUUGGGCACUGCAAUAUAAGAAAGACAUUAAGCUCUUAAAGAGCGUCCAGAGGAGGGCGGUGGAGAUGGUGAAGGGUCUUGAGGGGAAGCCGUAUGAGGAGCAGCUGUUCAGCCUGGAGCAGACCUCAUUGUGGUCUUCAGUCUCCUCACGAGGGGAAGCAGGUGGGCAGGUACCCAUCUCUUCACUCUCAUGACCGGUUACAGGACUAGAGGAAAUGGCAUGAAGCUGAAUUAGGGGAGGUUUAGGUUGGAUAUCGGGAAAAGGUUUUUCACCUGAAGGGUUGUUGAGUACUGGAACAGGUUCCCCAGGGAAGUCACAGCACCAAGCCUGUCUGAGUUCAAGAAGUGUUUGGACAACGCUCUCAGGCACAUGGUGUGAUUCUUGGUGUGUCCUGCAUAGGCCCAGGAAUUGCACUUGAUGAUCCUGAUGGGUCCCUUCCAACUCAUCAUAUUCUAUGAAUCUAUGAACCUUUUAUACUGAGUCACUGGAAAAUACCAUAAAAACUGUUUAUGAUCACAUAGAGAACACUAUGGGCCAAUGCCAGGAGAAACACUGCACAUAAAAUACAACAGUUGAUUAUGUCCUAGAGCAACAAGAUCAGCCACGUACAUGUGUGCUCAAUAUUGCCAGAGUACUUACGGUCUGUUCUGCAGGCUCUGGGAAGACUUGGUGGUGUUGCAACUCAGUGGUGAAACUGUGUAGGACUCUUAGAGGAAAUAAAAAAUGAUAGUUACAUUUUCUUAGAGAAUUCACUGGGUUGUUCCUUACAAUAUUUUCUACUUUUUUUAUUUGGAAAAAAUACUGACAUUCAUCAUUCAAUACCUGUCAUGGAACUCUUUUUGUAAAGUGGGUACAACCGUAAGUCAAUCUGUGAACCCCAAAUUCUCACAAGUUUAUGGAAUUUUAUUUCGUUCCACCACUUAAAAUGACUGCCUCAGAUAGAAUCUUCCAGUAGAGGAGCAGAUUAAUAAUUUUCUUCAAAUAGAUGAUAUAGGAAGUAAAAAAUAUCAACAGCAUGAGAACAGCAAGUUUAUUUAGUAAGGCCUUUAAAAACAGAAGCCAGUCUCUGAAAAUACGGUCACAGUGCUGGAAUUAACUGUGCCAAGUUGUCAGGAGAUGGGACUAUACUUCUUUUCCAGCUUCAGUGAGUCUUAGGAGAAAGAGGGAAAAGGGCUUGGACCCUCAAAUCUUACAAAUUAUGGUCUCUCUCCAUCAGAUACACACUGUAACAUUAGCUGAUGAAGCAGAAAAAGCUUAGGAAGUACCAUAAUUCACAUUCAGACAGAAAUUUCAGAAAUUCUGAAAAACCCCAGGUUCUUUAGGCCUUUAGAUGGCCUAAAUUUAAAUUACUUGUUUUAAGAAGUGAGAUUUUUUUUUCAUGAGCUGUUUUAUAAAAGGAAUAAACACUUUAUUAAAAGUUUAUUGAAAUGGUAAUUGCUAAUAAAAUCUGAAUUACCAAAAUUACCUCUAGAAGCACUAUAAAUACAGGAACAUUUUCAUUGUAUUUUUGCACAACUAUUCCUACCAAUAUAGUUAGCUAAGAAAUGCAGAGGUGUCAGCCAAGUGAUAUGAACAUAGGGUCCAUCCACCUGGGAUCCACCUGCACUGGGAUCCAUCCACAUGGAAGGAUGGGGCAAGACUGUUUUCAAGAGCAUGUAGUGACAGGACAAGGAGGAGUGGGUUCAAAAUGAAAGAGAUUAAGCUUAGAUUAGAUAUUGGGAAAAAAAUUUUUACUGUGAGCAGGUUGCCCAGGGAAGCUGUGGAUGCCCCAUCCCUAAAGGUGUUCAUGGCCAGGUUGGAUCGGGCUUUGAGCAAUCUGGUCUAGUUGAAAGUGUCUCUGCCCAUGGCAGGGCGGUUGGAACUAGAUGAUCUUCAAGGUUCCCUCCCAACCCAAACUUCUAUGAUUCUAUAAGUAAAUGUGACAAUACUUUAACAAGAUUUGAUGGCAAGAUAUACUUAAUUGUAUACUGCAUAGAGGACAGAGUCAGACAAAACUGUCAAGGAGACCUUCUGCUGAGUCAUGAGGUUCAGAAAGGACCCCCUUGCUUUUUAAACUCCUUUCUUGAGGUUGUGGCUGGAUCCAGACUUAGUCCCUGACUUGGCCAGCCAUCUACAUCUAAAGGAUUUUAUUUGCACAGUCAAUCCUGUAUCUCAGCUAAGAUUUAAAAGUUUAGAAUGCUAUUAAGCACUAUUACAGCAAGGAAUCUCUCAUCGUCGAGUAGUUAACCCUAAGAGGCAUCUCUACUCAGGUGGAGAUCCUGGUGCACAGCCUACUGCCUUGUAGGAGAGUAUUACAGGCCCUGGGCUGUUCACUAUUUAUAGAGUAAGAUGUUUGACUUAUAGUCAUAUUUGUAUACAAACUGUGUUUUGGGUUGGCUCAUGCUCAACUGGCCCUUAGCUGUUGAGCAAGACCCUGAACUGUUGUUCUUAUCUGUCUUCUCAGAAUCCACCUUAAGCCAGAUACAGCCAUCAGGACCACCACUGGUGGCUAUUGCUCAAGCAGACAAAGUGGGAGGGGAGAGCACACUGUUACACUAGGCACUAAACAGAAGAAGAUGAAAAGACCUUUAAAUCUGACCACACUGUCAGCACUGCCCUACUCAAUGAUUGCCUUUGGUCCUUUGCUGUGAGAUCUGCAGAACCCUGUGUGCCCUUGCUGGUUAAUGCAUGAUGCACUAUCUGGCAGCUACUCCACUUUCUAAUUAGGAUUUAUUUAUGAUGAAGGGAACUGUGACCUAUAUGUACAUUAGAUAUUCCAUAAUUACUGAUCCUCAGCCGCACAGUUUGUUGCAGGCUAAUGGGUUAUCUCCACUGAAAACUUUUCUCUUUGUGUUGUGGCCUCCGUGUUGCCAAUUCACAGCUACUUCCCCCCUCCUGUCUUUCUGUUGCUCAUAUUAAGGUUGGAAAUAUAUUUUGUCUUGUUGUAAAAAAUUAAUAAGGCCUCCUUACAACCAAUUUUGUUCACUCACUGAUACAUAAGUAGUAUGUGCCAGUUUUCAAGCCAUUAGUUAAUGUUUUUUGUUAAGUUGCACUGUAGAUGGCAAACCUAUUGCUCAAUUGUUGCUUUCUAAAGUGUAGACCAACCUUUAGUAAGGCUUUGGUCACUUUUUUGGAACUGUGCCCGUCUACCUGGUCUCAUUGACUUAAGCCCAAAAGCAGCAUUGAAUUGGAAUGUUGUUUCAAUAACUAUGUGCCCAGUCUGCAAUGCAAUGUGUCCACAGUCACACUGGCCUGCUGCAGUAGAACUGAAAGCAUUCAGUAUGUGUUGUUUCACUACUUAAGUUUACCAGACGUACCUGGUAUCUCUUACGAACACAAGAUAGUUUUAGGAAUAUUUCAUCUGCAGGAAACAGAAGCUGCACAGUUGUCCAGGAUAAUUCCUUUUUUUGUUUAUUUUCUUUAAUCUCCACAUUACAGAAGUAUAUUGUUUCUCAGGUAUUCAGAUAGCAUUCAUUAUCCAAGUGACAACUCCUCUUUGGAAGGUAUGCAGUCUUUAUUAAUUCUCUGAUAAAUCCAAUAGCUUGGCUGUGUAGACAGUGAUUAACAGCAGCCAUUCCCAUUCAAAAUCAACCCCAAAGGUGUUUCAAAGUAAUUUUAUUUCGCAUGUGUCAUUUUUUCAGUUUGGUGUAUUUCCCAGAUUUGUAUUCAAUCUUGCUAGCUGGCUUAGGCAGUUAUAGAAACCCUUCUUAUUUUAAAUAGAGACUUUUGGAACUAGACCUUGGGUCUAGAAAGAAAAAUAAAUUAAAAAUGCAGUUGCACUUCAGAGAGGGAAAUUAAUCCUCAGGAAACAAAAAUUUCUUUGUUUUUGUGGAAGGAAGAUUUCAGAUAGGUUUUUUAAAAUGUGUUUCUUCUCCCUGUAAUUGUGUGUAGAAAUUCAGAAAGCUAAAUCGAGGAAGAAGCUUCUUUUGCAUUUUGGGCUUGCUUUUGUGAAAGCAUAAAAUUGUUUUCCAUUUUGUUUUGAAUAUAAUUUAGAUCUAAAUAAAAUUUACAUGUCUAGCCAGAGAUAUAAGACAGUCCUGUAGUAAAGGACUUGUAUAAAAAUUAGCUUGCAUAAUUGUUUAGUUAUAAUAAUGGUAACACUGUCUUGGAGUUUUUUAUGUCAGAAAAGAUAAUAAGCUCUCUAUUGUUUUCUCUGUUUUUUCGCUUUAGGUGUAAUGUAGCAGCAGGAGUUUAAAAUAUAUGUGCUUUACUGAGGAUAGAGACUUAAAUUGCUUAAAUCAGGGACCACUAGUUCUGAUUACAUUUACUCAGACUCUUUGGAAGCCUAUAAUACGUGUUCUCCUGACAUAGGCUUGUAGCAAAUUAAUGCUUGGGACCCAUUUAAUACCUGAACGGGUAAGAUGAAAAUGCGUAAGAGAAAGAGCUUAGUUGCCUGACUUCAGGUGCUCAGAAAGUCGAAUUACUAUGCACUGAGUCUAGAAGGCAGCCACAUUCCUUUCUUUGUGGCUCUGCCCUGUGUGCUUGUCUCCUUGUAACCACGUAUGGAUGUAACCUCCAUCUAUGGCCCGCAGUGGGUCAGUUAUCACCGUGCUGGUCCUGGUGAGUAGGGUUUGAGAUGAACCUUGUAACAUGUCUAGUUGCUGAAAGACUUACUUGUUCUUGUGGGGAAUUAGGGUAGAAAAGUAAUCCCUAAAUGAGUUCACUUUUAUCCCCACUGCUUAUACCCUUCCUUCUUAUCUCACUACCCCUACUAAAGCCACUCUACAGAGGAUUUAUCACAAGGUGCCUUAGGAACAAGGAGCAUGUCUGAAAUCAGAUUCAUAGGUGUCAUUAAUCCAAGGGACUUCUUCUCAUUUCUCUGCCCAUUUGAGUAGCAGAGGGACACUUCCUAAGAUCAGGCAAGGAGAACCCCCGUGGGCUGAUCCUGGAGAUCUAAGCUGUUCAUAGACUGCCUUGUUGCUGUAAGAUGAGUAUACAAUGGUAUUUGUGUUUCCUGGCGCCAUAUGUUCUUUGCCUUUUAAAAUCAUAUGCUGCUGUCAGAUAUCUAGGAACACCAGAGGACUACUCCUUUUGAUAUGCUGAUGCUAAAUCCAAGGACCAGAGGAACACUAGACAGAUAUAGAAGAAUGUUCCUUAUGGCCAUUCAUCAUUUUCUCUAAAAGAAAAUUAUGUCAGAAUCCAGUGUUGUGAGUGGUGUGUGCUUAUACAUAUUGAGGCUGGAUAAAAGACCAAAGCAACAAAGUUGGGUUUUUUUUGGUUUGUUGUUUGUUUGGUUUUUUUUCCUUCUACAGGUGUGAAAGAAAAGACUGUUUCUCUCUUUUUCAUAUCUGGGGAAAUAUUUGAUAUGACAAUGUCAUGUAGAUAAUGUAGACAAAUGAGAACUUCCUAACUGGCAGAAUGAAAAACUGGGAGCUGAUUGUGUUAAAAACAUUGGCUAAUUAGACUAUGAAAGAAGCCGAGAGUUUAGCAGGAGUCAAAGUGCUACGUCAUUUAUUUAAAUAAAUUGAUUUGCAGUAAAUACCAACUAAAUAAAGUUUCAGAAGGUACAUAAAACUGCAGAGUUCAAAUGUAUAUUGCAAGGAAGAGAAUUUUCUGUGGGAAUAUUUCACAUUUGCCUGGAAAGUGUCUCUGGCUACUUCUUCUGAACCAAUGGUGCUGUUGCAGCUGAAGAUAUAACAUCAGUCCAGGUGGAUGGUGGAUCUAACUCCCCUUGGCUUUUCUACAUUCUAUUCUGGAUUUUACAUGUUGAUUUCUCAGAAGCAUCAUACAAGAAAUAUACCCUUUAUUGGGCAGGGAGAGAGGAAGAAUUCUGUAAUCCAUCAGUGAGGGUUAUCUGUUUUUAAGCCCAUCUGGACUGGUGAGUCAAGUCCCUUGGGCAAGACGUAGAAUGUCAGCCACAAAGGCAAAAGACCAGAGCUAAGGAGGCGUUGCCAAGUACUGACCUUGAAGUUUAGGAGCUACGUUUGGAAAUUAUAAAUAGCUGGAGAUGGUCUCCUUGCAACCUCCAGGAUGCCUUGGUGACCGCCCUCCUCAGAGGGAAGCAGGCUGCCCUCCAGUCACAGCUCCAAGCCUCUAGCAUAGUCCUUCACUGGGGAGCAUCUUGUAGCUGGUCAUACCUUUUUCAGACCUCCGUUCUUGUGAACUGUGAUGGCUGUCUGUCAGUCCUUAUCUAUGUGAUGCGAAUAUUUUUGAUGUCCUGUGAUUUCAAAAUUGAGUGCUAACCAGUUGGUUUUCAUGGGCUCCCAAGGUGUGAGUUUUAAAUAGAGAAGAGGAUAUUUUAACACAGUGUGGCACUGGACCUCUUGCCAAAGGGCAUAUAUGAAGACUAUAUUUAUAGUGUGCUUUCCUUCUACACUUGGUUUGUAUUGUUUAUAUUUGAUGUGUUGUGGUUGAUUUGUAAUAAUAUAUUGAAACUUAUUCCCUUUAAAUAAACUUUUCACUAUGCAACCAAGAA